CUAUUAUAUAACGAGAAAGAGGAGGGGAGGAAGGGGAAAUGAAUGUACAAAGCUAGCUUAGACGGUAGGCUUUGUUUUGUUUUUAGCUACAGGCCAAAAUGGCCAGGAUUUUAUUUUAGUUAGUCUUUUUAGGUCUGAACACAGGUUGGGAAAGCGUCUUAUUCUGAGUGAUAUAUGUCCUCACCCAGUAAGCUAAGCGGACAGCGUCUGAUGCUAUUUCUCUUUUUUGAUACAGCUUGCUCGUCGAAAAGUAGCCUGGCCUGUGACGUUUUCCUUGCCAAAAGGAAGUUAGCGCUAGGUAGCUAACGUUGGUUAUUAGUCUUUUCCUUAGUGUUUUGUUGUAUAGUUUCAUCAUAUUUACACCGAACCUUUGUCGACGAAGGUUUUAUGGUAUUAAAUUGAAAGAAAGGUAGAUCGAUUGAAUAAAAUAGGGUGUUUAGGAUAACAAUCUAAGCUCUACGUACUGGUAGCUGCUUGUCAGUCCGCAAGUCCCUUUGUUAGAUUUCAGUUACUGAGUUGUUUUAACAAUUUUAAUCAGCAAUUUGAAGUGACACUAACGUUAACUCGGAGCGUAAAAAGAGACCUCAGUUUCUGUAACUGUUGUUAGCAUAUCAGGUACAGUAGGUAGUUUAUUCUUGCUUGAUCAUGUACGCACCUCCGGGACCUGCUCUCCCCGGAAACCGGCGUCGGCGAGGCGGCACAGCGCUGCCCAAGCAGCCGGAGCGCAGUCUGGCCUCGGCGCUUCCCGGGGCUCUGUCCAUUACAGCCCUGUGUACGGCCCUGGCCGAACCUGCAUGGCUCCGGGUCCACGGAGGGACAUGCCCCAGACAGGAGCUCGGAGUGGCAGACGUUCUGGGAUACACUGACCCCAAGCUCCUGGAAGACUACUGCUUUAACUCCCAGACCAUCUUACUGCUGCGGGUUAUUGCGGCCUUCUGUUUCCUGGGGAUCCUGUGCAGCCUGACUGCUUUCCUGUUGGAUGUGUUUGGGCCCAAGCACCCGGCGCUCAAGAUCACCCGCAGAUACGCCUUCGCACACAUCCUCACAGUCCUGCAGUGUGCCACGGUCAUUGGCUUCUGCUACUGGGCGUCGGAGCUCAUCCUGGCUCUGCAGCAGCAGCACAAGAAGUACCACGGCUCGCUCAUCUACGUCACCUUCGCCAUCAGCUUCUACCUGGUGGCGGGGGCGGGGGGCGCCUCCAUCUUGGCCACGGCUGCCAACCUGCUGCGCCACUACCCCAGCGAGGAGGAGGAGCAGGCCCUUGAGCUGCUCGCUCAGAUGGAGGAUGGCAGCGACGCCUUCCCAGCAGACUACGACAUCGCCAAUCAGUUCCAGCCGCCCCCCGCCUACACGCCAUAGCGGGGUUUUGGCACCGUACUCCCCCCCCCCCCCCCCCCCCCUCCCCCUCCCACGUAUCGAACACCCCCACAGCUGGGAACACGCAACACACACCCCCACUCUCUCUCUUUCACCUGCUGAACACCUCAUAGAUCUCCCUCGGCCAGGACACCCCCACAGCCUCUCUCACCCCCCCCCAAACCCCUCAGAGAAGCCACUGUUUGCCUCGCUGUCACCAGGGACUCCGGCUGCACAGGCUCUGAUUGCCGUGUGAUAAGCAGUUGACAGCGUCCCUGUGUCCUUGCUUCUGCCCUGCCCUGCUCUUCCUGCCCUGCCCUGCCCUGUCCUGUCCUGUCCUGCCCGCCUCCCGUGCACACGCUCUGGAGCGGGUUUCAUCUCGGCUGCUGGUGCUGCGAUCGCAUGAAAUGACCUGUCUGGGGCUACAAUGGGGCUGUUCGUUUUGUCCGCACCACCGCGUGACACGUUCUUGCAGUAGCUUGCAAGUGUGUGUGUGUGUGUGGCUAUUGUGACCGGAGUCCUUCAGAGUGUUUGGUAUUGUCUGGCACGCAUUGUCACGCACAAGUGUAACAACUCGUUUUGUUAAAUGCUUAACUGGUGUAU